UGUCUUGAAGAAAAGAAAAACUUGUUGGUGAAUGCUAAAACUUGUGUUAAACGUUUUUAGAUCAAUUAUCUAUCACACCCUUUCCUUCAAUUGCCAGAUUAGUUAGAAAAACAAAUUUAAUAAAUUAUUGAAAAAUUAUUGGAGCUCUCUUGUUUCUUGCAUGUGAUUCAUUCUGAUAGUCAAAGUGAUCAACACUGUCUUGAAACCCCAGAGUUAGAUUUGUUUUCUUGAUCAUCUGCUAGAAUUCAAGAUUGGUAAGUUAAGUUUGGCCAUGCUUCUCUGCUCCAGGAAACAUGGUAAGUUGAUCGUGUUUGUUUCUUUUGAACAUUGACUGAUUGCUGGUAAUCAGUAAGGGCUCGUCAUGACUAUUCCUAGUGGAAGUGGAGUGCCGGCACCAAUGCUUAAGGGAAAACAUAAAGCCAUUAUAGUUUGUUGGUUUCUUGGACUUGGAUCUCUUGUCUCAUGGAACAGUAUUCUAACCAUUGAAGAUUACUACUAUGAUUUGUUCCCGAAAUACCAUCCUUCAAGGGUACUUACUCUUGUUUAUCAACCGUUCGCCCUUGGAACAAUGGCGUUACUGACAUAUAAUGAGGCCAAGAUCAAUACUAGAAAGCGGAACAUAGCAGGGUACAUGCUCUUUACUGCAAGUACGCUGAUGCUCAUUGUUGUGGAUUUAGUCACUUCAGGGAAAGGAGGAGUUGGACCUUAUAUUGGUAUAUGUGCAGUCGUCGCUGCUUUAGGAGUUGCAGAUGCUCAUGUUCAAGGUGGAAUGGUUGGAGACUUGUCUUUCAUGUGCCCUGAAUUCGUCCAGUCUUUCUUUGCUGGGUUGGCAGCAUCGGGGGCUUUGACUUCUGCUUUGAGGCUACUGACGAAAGCAGUGUUUGAGAAGUCUAAAAAUGGUCUACGAAAGGGAGUUAUGUUAUUUUUGGCAAUAUCUACUUUCUUGGAGUUUCUAUCUGUUCUGCUGUAUGCAUUUCUCUUCCCUAGACUACCAAUAGUGAAGUACUAUCGUGCAAAGGCAGCUUCAGAAGGAUCAAAGACUGUUUCAGCUGACCUUGCAGCUACUGGCAUCCUAAAACCUGAAAACCAGGAGUUUAGGGCACUCUUGCACGCUGCAGACGAUGACAAACCCCCGGAACGGUUGAGUAACAAAGAACUAUUCCUCCAAAAUACAGAUUAUGCACUUGACUUGUUUCUCAUAUAUGUGCUGACACUGUCGAUUUUUCCGGGGUUCUUAUAUGAAGACACUGGUAAACACCAGUUGGGCUCAUGGUAUUCUCUUGUUCUGGUUGCAAUGUUCAAUGUGUGGGAUCUUAUAUCAAGAUACAUUCCUCUUGUGGAAUGCUUGAAGCUGGAGUCUAGAAAGGGUCUCAUGAUUGCUAGUCUUUCUCGUUAUCUGCUCGUUCCUGCCUUCUACUUCACAGCAAAAUAUGGAGAUCAGGGAUGGAUGAUCAUGCUAACCUCUUUCCUGGGAUUAACAAAUGGUUAUCUCUCAGUUUGUGUCCUGACAGAGGCGCCCAAAGGUUACAAGGGGCCUGAACAAAAUGCGCUGGGCAAUCUGCUUGUGCUGUGCUUAUUUGCUGGCAUAUUUUCAGGGGUUGUCCUUGAUUGGCUGUGGCUCAUAGGCAAAUGAUUCCUGAAGAGCCGAGUCUCUGUGCAACUGAGUGAAUUAGAAAGUUGAUUCCUUUGCCUCAAUUUUGCAAGAUUGGACCCAUAAUUAUGCUAAAAGCCUUUCCUCUAUCUGGGACAACAACAGAAUCACCUACUGACAUCCCACACACCAUGAUGAUUCUGAAGGAACCCUAAGAGUAGAUAGUUGGGCUUGAUAUGCUUGUUUAGCUACAUUUUCAGUCAUACCACGAGCAUCUUAUGCUAAUAAUUAUGAUAUUGGUCUGUCUUGCAAGAACCAA